UUAACCCUAAUAUUAAAGUUUAGGUUUUUUCCCCCAAAUUUCAUAAACAAGUUGAGAUUAGGAACAAGUACGCUUCACAACACAAACCUAGGAGUGGCUCUCAUUCAAACACACAUAUCCUUACCUAGUUCUCUGUCUCCUACAAAUUUUGCAUCUUUCAAUUUUGGUUCACACAUUUCCAAUUUCCCCCUUUUCAGUUUACCAUUCUACCCUCUCAAACCACUAGCAUAUCAAGAAAUUAGAAUCUAUCAUAUCCUAAUUCACCCCUUCAAAAUCAAAAGCUUCUUCCUUUAGGUCACAAUUUCAUCAAUGGCAACGUUGUUUCUAUCAGAAUGUGGGUUAAGGCCACUUCCUGUAUUGCACGCUCAACCAAGAACAAGUGCAAUUUCAUCUCAUAAGCCUCCAAAGUUUGGAUUUUUAAACAAAACAAACAAAAGGGUAUCUUUAGAUCUUAGGUUGAAGGCAAGAAAGUGGGAGUUGAAAGUGAGUGCUCCUUCGAGAGUUAGUACGGAUGAGGAAGGAGCAGAGGGUACUGUGAAGGAGUUAGCACAAUUUGACCCUGGUGCACCACCUCCUUUUACAUUAGCUGAUAUAAGAGCAGCUAUACCUAAACAUUGUUGGGUUAAGGAUCCUUGGAAGUCUAUGAGUUAUGUUGUGAGAGAUGUUGUUGUGGUUUUGGGUUUGGCUGUUGUUGCUGCUUAUGCUAAUAGUUUGAUUGUUUGGCCUCUUUAUUGGGCUGCUCAAGGAACAAUGUUUUGGGCUCUCUUUGUUCUUGGUCAUGAUUGUGGUCAUGGAAGCUUUUCAAACAACCCCAAGCUGAAUAGUGUUGCAGGGCAUUUGCUGCAUUCUUCAAUCCUAGUACCAUAUCAUGGAUGGAGAAUUAGUCAUAGAACACACCAUCAAAAUCACGGUCAUGUUGAGAAUGACGAAUCUUGGCACCCGUUGCCAGAGAAAAUCUUCAAGAGCUUGGAUAAUGCAACAAAAAUUUUAAGAUUUACGAUACCUUUUCCAAUGCUUGCAUAUCCUUUCUACCUUUGGAGCAGAAGUCCGGGGAAGAGUGGUUCUCACUUCGAUCCAAACAGUGACUUGUUUGUCGCAAAUGAAAGAAAAGAUGUUAUUACUUCAACAGUUUGUUGGACAGCUAUGGCUGCGUUGCUUGUAGGAUUAGGAUUCGUUAUGGGUCCAAUUCAAUUACUCAAGCUUUAUGGCAUUCCUUAUAUGCUUUUUGUCAUGUGGUUGGAUUUGGUGACUUAUUUGCAUCACCAUGGUCAUGAAGACAAAUUACCAUGGUAUCGUGGACAGGAAUGGAGCUACCUUAGAGGCGGACUUACAACUCUUGAUCGUGAUUAUGGAUUGAUAAAUAACAUCCAUCAUGACAUUGGAACUCAUGUCAUUCAUCACUUAUUUCCUCAAAUCCCACACUACCACCUAAUAGAAGCUACCGAGGCAGCGAAGCCAGUUCUUGGAAGAUACUACCGGGAGCCGAAGAAAUCAAAACCUUUACCAUUUCACCUAAUUGGAGAGUUAAUAAAAAGCAUGAAGAAAGACCAUUUUGUGAGUGACACUGGUGAUAUUGUUUACUACCAAACAGACCCUAACCUUAGUGGCUCUUCUACAUCAAAAUAAACCUUUGAUGUUCAUUUUUUCCUCUAAAAAACCAGUAGAGGCCACAUAGACUUAGAAAAUUAUGUGAGCACUCCAAUUCAGUCCUAUAAUGACCUAUACAUAGUAAGAGUGAAAUUCCUCAUAAGUAAAGAGAGAGUGCUUGACAAAUGAUUGUAACUUGGUGCUAUGGCAUUGAUUGAAGCUUGUUGAGCAAGUUAUAUAUGUAUUGUGUUCUUCAUUGAAUAUCAACAUGUGUGUAAAUUUUUUAUUCUUGAUGAAGUGAUGAUGUAUUCAUUGGAUUAGUAAUAAUGUAAUUUUUCUUAGCCUCAAAAAAUUGAGUGAUUAUUAUUGAAUGAAAUUGAUCACUUGCUUGUGUU